CCAGAACAAAUUGUGAAAAUUCUCCAAAAGGCAUUGGACUGGAGUAUGGUGCAUGGUGCACUGGGAUACCUACUCAUGGUGCACCGCACUUUGCUUUGACACAAGUACUCCUGCUAGGAAGACAAAUUCCCUGCACAAAGGCCACAUCCUUCUCCUUCCUGGGAAAACAUGGUGGACAAGGUUUUCCAGAAGGUGUUCAUUUUCCUUGUCCUAAUUUUCAUUUUUGGAAGUCUUCUUUCUGGGGCAUUCUACAAGUGGCAAACAAAAAUGAUGAUUCCUAAGGAAGAUUGGCUGAUGAGUCAAGUCUAUCGCAGAGACAUACUGAACUCUACCUGCCUGAUGAACAACCUCUCUCAUUCACAAAGCAAACUGAAACAUAAUGUUGCAAGACAGAUCUUUGUGGAACAUAACCACAAGUUCAUCUACUGUGAGGUGCCCAAGGUGGGCUGCUCCAAUUGGAAGAAAAUCAUCCUUCUCCUCACAAUGAAUCUGAGCAGAAAGGCUAAUGAAGUGCAACAGGACUUCAUCCACCGUACCCCACUGAUAAAGAGGCUGAGUUCUUACCCUUCUGACUACCAGGAUAAAUUGCUGACCAGUUACACCAAAGUGAUGUUCACCAGAGAUCCCCUGGAACGGUUGGUUUCAGCUUACAGAGACAAGCUUCUGCACUCUGAGCCAUACUAUAGUAUCACUGUGGCAAAUGAGAUCAAGGCCAUGUGCAGGAAAAACAAAAAUUCAACUGAAAAGGUGACUUUCCAGGAGUUUGUUAACUUUAUUCUGACAAAAAAACAAGAACAUCUGGAUAUUCACUGGCAACCAAUGUUUCUACUCUGUGAUCCUUGCAACAUUCACUAUGACAUCCUGGGGAAGUUUGAGACCUUGGAACAAGAUUCUGAACAUGUUCUCAGGAACAUUGGAGCCCCAGAGGAUCUGCACUACCCUAACUUUAGGACACAUAGCUCAGAGAAACGUACUAGUGGUGAUAUCACCCUGGAAUAUCUCAGAAAGCUGAGCUCAGAGCAAAUUGAAAAGAUCAAGAAGCUGUACCAGAUGGAUUUUGCCUUGUUCAACUAUCCUUAUGACUUGAAAAUGAACCUUUACAAGACUGAUACAGUAUGAGCCGGAAGGCAGUUUUUAUUCAUAGAAAAUCACAUGAAGUUGUCUACAAAGAUGAUUACAGGUGGUUGAUUGUAGCAGUCAAGCACUUUUGGUGUUUUGUAGCUCAUAAAGCUAUUAGUUGUAGGCACUCGUGUGAUGCUGUAUGGAAUACGGGACAUCAUUAAUUAUA